AUGGCUUUCGCCUUACCUCCCAGACUCAGCUGUAAAAGUACAAACAUAUCACGCGACGAAGUCCCGUAUAUCUCCCUUACCGAUCUCAUCGUAUUCAAGUUGGAUUCGAGCGGGCUGCGAUCUAACCCCAUAAAGAAGGAGCGCGAUGCACAGGACGCUGCGGCUUUGGUCGAUUUCGCCACGCACAAAAGCUCCCUACAUCUUUCCGAGAAGCAAGAGCAGGUCGUAGAAGAAGCGCUCUGCGACGUAGCGAAAUGCGGCACUAAGGAAAAGGGCUGGUGGGAGAGACGCAUGGGCUUGAUAAAGCAAGCUGCCGAUGGAUCUCCUUACGACAGCGGAGGCCGUGAGCGCAAGCCGAACCGGCCUCAUUCUAAAUCAGACCCUUCGCCAUCUAAGAGUCCGCUUACAAACGACCCUAACGCAGCUUGGCACUAUGAGGCUGGAUCACGCACACAUCCGGCGGGACACGGGCUUCACCAUGACACAGCCGAAGACGACACGACAGCGAGCUACCAACUCGGCGUAAGGCGGUCCGGCCUGAGCAGCGAGAUCAACGCCGAGCCGAACUGCUAUGGUAACGUAGGCGAGCAAUACUACACCCUCGAGCCGGGCGAGAACAUGUCGGGGCGGGCUUCGCCGGCAGGGUACUUUGACGUUUCCCGUACGCCGCCGGGUGGCCUGGGAACGGUGACAGAACAUACCGUGGGGUUCGACGAAGCUCUAAGUCGGGAUACUUCGAUCUUACCCCUGGAGCUAUACCUAGCACCAUGCGCCAGGAGUCUGUUCAUGACUACGUCGGCGUGUUGGUUCCGCUCGAGGAGGCGCACUUGCAUAGCCACUCCGCCAGAUGCGGGAAGCGAGUUCGACGAGGUUAGGACUAGUUCCGAUGGACCCGCUGCCGACGAGCUCGAGGUAGGCCUGCCGAAAGAUGACGACAACGAGAAUACGGGCAUGCUGCAGAUGAGCGCUGCCGAGUAUACUAUCGCUGGCUUGAGAAGGGAGGUGCGUGAGGGCCAGAGACGACGUCAAUGGUCCGAGUAUGAAUUGAAAUCUAAACUUAUUAAUAAAGCCAUUCAAGAUAUCGGUAUGGGUCGGUAUAACUGGCAGCUUUUUGUUUUAUGUGGCUUUGGAUGGUUUGCAGAUAAUUUAUGGAUGCAAGGUGUCUCAUUGACUCUUCCCUCCCUAUCUGAAGAGUUUGGCGUCUCGGAAAAACAGGUCAGGUAUACGACUAGUUCUCUCUUCGCAGGUCUUUGCCUGGGGAGUUUUCUUCUGGGGGCUCGGAUCCGACAUAAUGGGUAG